CUGACUGACAUUCGCAGAUUUGUGUAUGCUAAGCGCAGGAGAUGCACAGCUGAUCUGCUGAACGCAUUAUAUAGAGAUCACGCGGCGUACUGAUGUGCGACUUUUGGAUUUUACCCCAGUUGUCAAAUUGCAGCCAUAAAAGGUGAAGAUCAGCUAGUGCAAGAUCGAGUGAGAUUUUUUCUGGUAACAUCAACACUGAACAACAGAAUUUCUCGAGAGGCAAGCAAGGAUUUGUGAGAAUAAUAUAGGAUUCCCCACAACUUUAACCAUCACUUCAUCUACCAGCAGAAAGAGACCCCGAAACUUAUCAGCCCUGGGCUUUAAAAAGGUCAAGUGACUGUGUGACAUCACACGGAGAGACGCGCACGUAAAGAUGCGAAACUUUCAUAUCUCAGUAAUAUGACACAUAAACUACCAAACUGUUCAACAGUGCACUCCAGGCUGAACCGGCGCAUUUUCUGGUGGUAUUUUUACGAACAACUGUGGUGUGCAGAAAUGUGUGCAAUAAGCCACUUUUAGUUUUUAGAUUUUGUGGAGUUUUUACGGCGAGCAUAAGCCACUUUGUUUAUUAUUUGAAAAACGUUCUGCUCUACCACACGAUAGGUCAUCAGAUUAUCUUCUGGAAGCUUUUUCUUUAAAUGAAGUCUAUUCCGUGAUUUAUAAGCAUUUUCAUGAAGUUCAAUAUAUGAUUUGUAUUCGUUUUCUCUAAAAAGAAGUCCUGUCCGUAAUUAGUGAUAACAAUACUCGAAAGACACGUUCUGUUUCAGUGUUCGAUUUUGUUUCAUUUAGGAUCUGCACCACGAUUCAGUGUUCAUGUCACGAACUUGAAAGUCGAAGAAGGGUAGAACGAGCCUUUAGUUUGUGUGUGUUUUUGGUCAAUAGGUCUAUCUAUAUACAUCUAGAACAGCCGGUAAAUUUGAUUUUUGAAAUGGUUAGAGACUCGUCAUCAAAGCAGGAUCAAAGCCUGAAAGAUGAAUUGAAAAAGAUAACAAUUACGAUUGUGGUGAGUCUGUCUGAUGGUUCCUCUAGAGCUCUGUGAAAAUCUCACAGAUCUAACAGCUCCCCCGUAACGCUGAUUUAGGAAAUCUCUAUAGCGUUCUAACCACAGUGUGUCAUCAGAAAAGAUCCAACCUAAUCACCAUGGCAGGUCACGUGGUGUUCCCCCAUCAAAUCACCCUGUACCUGUCCGUGAUGUUCCACCUGGCAUAUGACGUCAGAGCCAACUCGUUCUUCCGGCCCCUGCCGGACGCGGCCAACAGCAACGCCAGCAGCCCUUCCUUGGCCGCCAUGGUGGACGGUGACAUCAUCAUCGGAGGCCUGUUUCCGGUGCACCAGAAGGGAGAGAAGUCGUGCGGGCCCAUCAACCUGGACAGGGGCGUGGAGAGGCUGGAGUCGAUGCUCUUCACCAUCGACGAGAUCAACAACCGAUCAGACAUACUCAGGGGGAUCAAACUCGGCGCCUCCAUCUUCGACACAUGCGGUCGAGCGCCCUACGCUCUGGAGCAGUCUCUCGAGUUUAUCCGCGCGUCCAUUACGUCACUCGACCCCACAGAGUUCGUCUGUAUGGACGGGUCAAAGGCCAUCGCGAGACACUCCCCUACAGCGGUGGCCGGGGUUGUGGGCGGCUCCUACAGCACGGUCUCCAUGCAGGUGGCCAACCUCCUACGCCUGUUCAAAAUUCCGCAGAUCAGCUACGCGUCCACUUCCGCGUCGCUUAGCGACAAGACGCGCUACGACUACUUCGUCCGGACCGUCCCGCCUGACACCCUACAGGCCAAAGCGUUGGCAGACAUCGUCCAGGAGUUUAACUGGACGUACGUGUCUGUGGUCCACUCGGAGGGGGAGUACGGGGAGUCGGGCAUCGAGUUCUUCUCUCGGGAAGCCAAAGCGAAGAACAUCUGCAUCGCGGCAGACAUCGAGAUCAGCCUGUCCGCGACCAACGCAACGUACGAUGACGUCAUAAAGGGGCUUCUGGACAAACCGGAGGCCAAAGUGGUCAUCGUUUUCUUGCGUCACGAGGACGCCACGGGACUUCUGAACGCCGCCACGCGGCAGAAUCUGACCGGAAAGUUCGUGUGGGUGGCCAGCGACGCCUGGGGAAGUGCUCUCGCGCCAGUCAAGAACAACGCUCUCGUCGCUCAAGGCGCGAUAACUUUAGAACUUCGGUCCACGCCCAUAAAGAAUUUCGAGAAGUACUACUUAAACCUGAACCCGCGCUCCAACAGGAGGAACCCUUGGUUCGUGGAGUAUUGGGAGGAGGAGCAUAAGUGCGCGUGGAACGGCGUGGUGCCCACUUCUAUAGAGACGGCCACUCGGUCCUCGGUGAAACCCUGUAGGGGGAACGAGAAGGUGAAUAGGAAGAUCACUUCUCAAGAGAGUAAGGUCCAGUUUAUUUACGACGCCGUCUACGCCUUCGCCUAUGCGCUGGACAAGAUGCAUAAGGACAUAUGCCCUGGGGUGGCUGGCCUGUGCCCGCUGAUGGCGAAGAUUGACGGCGAGAAGCUUUUGAGGGAAUAUUUGCUCAACGUCUCCUUCAAUGGUGAGUAA